AGUGCGCAUGAGUUCGGGGCUGGCAGCUCGGCGGAGCUCGCGCCCGGCCGGAGGUGCUGCUCCGGCCACCUGCCCGUUGCCGUUCUUCGUCCGGGCUCGUUCCCGCUCCUCGUAUUGCCCUCUGCCGUCCCUGCCGGGAGAGGUGUGGACGGCUCCCCGCAGCCGAAAUGAAUAAAGCUAGCAGCCCUACGUAAUACGCUGAUGGCAUUCUACACUGCAUCGGGAUCGAUGAGUCAAGAGAGUGUGAUGCCUAGAAAUUUCCUCUCAGAUUCUCCUGAAAUGGCAUCCGAAAUCUCUCCAAAGCACGCAUUUGGGAGCAUGGAGAGGGGUGGCAGUGUGGAGAAUCGUGGCAGCCAAGCUAGGUGCAGAAAUCUUGCCUUGGAUGAUGAGAGUCUGAAAUACUUAACUCAUGAAGAGCAGGAUGUUCUCAUGUUCUUUGAGGAAACCAUAGAUGCCUUAGAAGAUGACUUGGAGGAGCCGGUCCUACGUGACAGUGGCAUCCACUGUCAGUCUCCAAGGUCAACGGAAGAAAAUGUGUCCAGUCAUUCAGAGACUGAAGAUAUCAUCGACUUAGUACAGUCAACACCUGAAAGUAGCGACCAUGAAGGCCCUCCUAGUGGAGAUGCAGAACCAGGUAUGUUGGAUGCUACCUGGACAACUGAGAGCCCGAAGCCAGCUGUACCUGCUGACCUUCCUCCACAUCCCCCUGUACCACCACCAUCGAUGUCUGAGACGCUUCCUCUUCCUCCUCCACCCUCUCCUCCAGUGCAGCAUCCAAAAUUGUUUCGUUCUAUCCCCACUCCGCUCAUCAUGGCCCAGAAGAUGUCUGAGCAGCAGAUGGAGAGCAGGGUGCGAUUCCCCAGUGCCCUCAAGGAAGGGAAUUCAGACAAGAAGAAAACGCCAGUAGCCAAUGGUGAUUAUUUUGCAGCUCCGAAGCACCCUCCUGCGCCUGCACCCAAACUGCACCGGUUCCCAAGCAACAUCAACAUAACAAAUGUCAGUGGCAAAGAAUUCAAUGAGACCAUUUCAAAAGCAGCAGUUAAUGUCCAGGAGCGGAGAGCUCAGGUGCUGGCCAACAUCAAUGGAGGAGCUUUUCUGGCAGCUGAACUGGAGGAGAAGCUGCAGAAAAAUGAUUUCUUGUCACGCAACAGAAGUUCUUCCUUACGGGAUCUCUCCUCUGAGCAAACACGAUACGAAGCCCUGACAAAACUUGGCCUAGUUAAGGGAAAGCCAGCUCAGGACCAAGUGGACCAUGCCCCAAGCACUCAGCAGCUUGGUGUGCAGCCCAAACAGGCAGAGGCUGUUCCCAAUGGAUAUCAAAACAUCCACGAUAUUUUAAAAAGCGAGCCCAGCCCUUUCCUUCCUAUGGGCAAAACUGUAACAAUCAAACCAGAGGUAGCACUUGCUGCUGACAAGGUCAGCAGCACACAGCAGAACACAGCAAAAAGUUUUAAUGAUUAUAAACAACCUAGUCUAAACCUGGAUAUGAGAAGGAGAUCAGGUUCACUGCCUAGACCUUCAGGAUUUCGAUCCCAAGGGAUAACAGUACAGUUUUCUGGCCGUGGCUCAACAGAAGAAGCUAGGAGAGAGGCACUUCGGAAACUGGGACUACUGAAAGAGACUGUAUAAUUUGGAUGGGAAUGUUUUGGCAACAGGGGGAAGUCAUAGCAUGGCUUUGUACUAGAAUAGUCCCAAAAAGAUUGGGAUCAAACAGAUUGGAAGAAGAAAGGGGAAGUUCUCUGCUUCAGGCAAGCUAAGGAGGUACUAGAUACUGUGGCAUGACCACUCGUGUUUAUCCCAGAAGGACUGGCAUCAUGUACAGUCAUGUACAGCAGUGGGUUUCAGCUCUCCUUCCUACAGAGAUACUCAUCUGUUGCUCUUUGUGACUAAGAGGAAUUUUAUUUAAGUGAUGCUGAACUAUAGCAGACAGCAUCUCAUUAAUGAAGUGUACAGUGCAGUAUUGUUGUACAUAGCAAACUGAAUGGCAAAUCUUCCUUUUGUUCUUUCUGAAGCCAAAAAUGAGAGCUCCAUUUGUCUUGCCCACAUGUGUACGUCUGUUCGUGGGAGCUUGAAAUAAUGUCAAAACUGAAAUUUCUGACCAGCGUGACACACUUCUGUGACUUUUUGUCUGUAUUAUCUGGCUUGGCUUCGUUCCCUACCAGUGGUGUGAGUCUUCUGCUUCCUUGCUCUGUGCCCACUGGACUCAAGACUGUACAGAGGGUGGUUUCUGUUUUGACCUUCUCCUCGACAGAGCAGCCCAAAUUUUGAGUGGGUGACUGCAUCACUCUGCUGAUUCACUUGAAGUCUUGCCUUUCUUCCCAGCCACCUGCUUCUUGGUCACGCUCUAGCAACCUGUGUGUCCAGUGAAAGGCACCAGAUAAGCCUCAAGGGUAUGCACCAUGCGCCGGUUUUCGCACUGACAGCCAAAGAGUCUCCUGACAAUCUGUGACCCCAACUGUUCUGUACCAGUGAUGAUCUUAUAGCAGAGAAGCCAUAGGAACAAGUUAACUUUGUACCAAAUGCGAGAACCUUAUGUCAAAAGUCUUAUCUCUUACGUUAGGGUUCCUGUGAAGAAGCUGUUAUUUUUUGAGCAAUAGCUGUACUACACUGGGUAGUUGUAAGUUCUGUUACUUCUAAAAACUGUCAUUUGAUCUUCCUGUAAUUUGACAGCCCUAAUAAUCCUCUGUUCACAGCCUUACUUGAUUUUUGCCCUGCCAAUACAUAACAGAAGUUACAGCCAAAAUUCUUGCAGGCUAAGUGGAGUUACGGGGGAGAGCUGUAUGUAAGAACACAUCGCUCCUGAAUGGUCCAAGUUGGCAUAUUUUGCCUUUGUUCAAUAGACGUGCUUUUAAAGAUGGUCCCAAAAUAUAUUUGUGUGUUGGUAUGAUUUUUUUUUUAACAUGGCAAAGCUGCUCUUCCACAUUAAAACUCCCUUCCCUUUUGUACACCCGAAAACAUCCAGAAUAGCCAUUUUAAAAAUCAAAUGCCAAACUCCAGACCUUCUAAAUUUCUCAUUGUUAUUCCUGCAUGUUUAAAAGUUCUUUGUGUUUUGGUUUUUUUCUAAAGGGAAAAACUCAUUUACUCUCUGCACUUUCUAAAGCCUCAAGCAACCCCUUCUUUUUCCCAAGAAGCUGAGUAAUAAACCUUGAAGAAGAGGAGGGGAGCGGCUAUAAUAGAAACUGACACACCCUUCAGAGGAGCUCUGACAUAACUGUGAUAAACAAGUUUGUAGUUCUUGUGAUAAAGUAUUUCAAACUUGCUGAGCUGUACUUGUAAAUGAAGCUGUCAUGAAGGAAAAGUCUUUGCAUCAUUAUCAACCUGCCUCAUAAGUUAAAGUUGUGGUUUUUUGUUUUUCUGGGUUUUUUUGGUUGGUGGUUUUU